AUGGCCUUGAGAAUCAGCCCGGGCUUCAGUGCCCUGCUGAUUUUGGGCUUACUCUUGCUUGUGCUCCCUUCGCAAGUAGAUGCGUUCGGUGCCGGCAACAUCGCCUCCAUCUCCGCCGUCGAGGGUAAAAACUGGCGCCAUGGCGAUAUCGAGGAUAUGCUCAAGACGGUCGCGUUCAUCAAGGGCCACAAGUGGACGUCAACCAUGAUCAAGCGCGCUUACUUUGGAAACUGGCUGCGCGACUACUCCCAGGCCAUGGAUGUCGGAACCCUCAAAAGUCUCCCCGCCGAUACCAUUCGAGUCCUGGUUUGGAUCCUUUCGUUCAUGACCUUCGGCUACGCGACGGCCGAGUUCGAGGUCACCUCCGAGAGAUUGGGUGUCUACCGUCCGGAAGAACAUAUUGACAACCCCAAGGACUACGCCGAUAACCAAGAUGCCCGCGAAUAUGACAAGAGACUGCGUGGCCCCGUUCGUCAGGCCGAGCUGGAUAUCGACCCUCAGACCGGCAUGAAGAACUACAUCGCCAAUGAGCGAGGCAACUGGGAUACCAGCACUGCGUACAUCAAAAAGAGCCUGGCUCGCAGCAUUCACUACGGCCGGACCUACACCCACAGCGGAAGCCGGAAAGGAAACGAAGAAGAUCUGUGCGAAGCGCUGCGAUGUCUGGGUCAGGGUCUACACACCUUGGAGGAUUUUGCGGCGCACACCAACUACGUCGAGCUUGCCCUCCGCGAGAUGAAUUUCCACAAUGUGUUCCCCCAUACCGGCACUAGGACCCAGAUGAACAUCCACGGCAAGCACGUCUUUCCGCUGGUGACUGGAACUUUUGGCAUGGUGGAUUUCUUCCACUCCGUGCUUGGAGAGGCUACGGACCACUUCACUCAGUCCGAGGUCAACGAAAUGGACAUCGCGCUGGGAGAUGCCCAGAAUAACUCUUCUUCCGGCUCUAGCACGGCCUUGACCGCAUUGCUCGGAAAGAUUCCCGGAACCAAAGACCUUGUGGCCGAAGCGGAGGAGCUCAAGCGUCGCUCGGAUGCCCAAGAGUCUUCCAACAGAGGCGGCAGCUCUCGUUCGGGUUACGCAGCUCGCGAAGCCGUCCGGAGCUUCAACGAACGCGACUCAGGUCGCAGUCGCGGCUUUGAUGAUGAUCGAUAUGGAUCCUCGAGGGCCAAUGAAUCCAGCAAGCCUUCUGAGGGUCCCUCCGGUGCCUUGGCUGAGUUUGACCCUAGCAAGACCAUUGAACAGAUCUAUCCGAUCCUUCAAUUCAGAGAUAAUGUGGUCCGUAAACUUUCUUCGAUCAUCGAAAAGAUCCCCGGUUUGGAAACGUUGGUUGAGAAGGUCACCGAGACGCUGACGGUCUUCGUCAUGUCUCUGCUGGCUCCUUUCAUCCGCCCUCUCAUCAACGCCGCCUCCAAGUCGCUUCAGUCUGGAUCCGCCGGCGUCAUUGAUGCCUCCGGUAAGCACCAGUACGAGCCGUGGACCGACCCGACUUGCACGGAUCCCACCCACUCGCUGUUGUCCAAGGACCAUUUCUCCAACAUUCUGAACGAACCGGCGGGUCAGGUCGCCUCUGCCAUCCUCCGGUACGUGGCGCCUCGCGUCCUUCACGCCUGGGAGAACACCAACAUCCCGGAGCAUCAAGUCGUCGAGGACUGCCUGCAGGUUUUCCAUCAUCCGGCUUUGCGCAACAUGCGCAACGACGCUCAUCGAUCUAUGUUCGAAGCCGUCGAGUCUUGGGUCCAGUCCCGGUCCGACCGAGGCUCCAAGCUCAACGACAUCCUCAGUGCCGAGGGUGUUAAAGAAGGGAAGAACAACUCGGGACAGGGUCACUCCCACGGCCAUGGCGGUCACGGGCACAGCCACGGAGCGUCAUCUGGGGCGCAAUCGCAGCAGCAACAGCGGCCGCCCCAGCAGAACUCCUCCGGAAACCCGCUCGAGCAGCUCUCCAACCUUCCGAUCCCGGGGAUGUCCAACCUAGGCAAGCUAGGCAGUGCUUUCUCCAGUCUCGGACUGGGUGGUGGUUCCAACCGGGAGGAGGAGGCUCCGUCACAACAGAGCUCUUCGUCGCAUUACCAGGAUCAGCAGUACUCGAGCCAGCAGUCCUAUCAGACACACCAGUCCCAUCAAUCGCACCACUCGUCCCACUCAUCUCAUUCGCAUCACCAGCAGCACCAAGGCUACCAGUCGCACCAGUCCGGUGGGGAUUACGGCGGUGGUCACAGCAGCCAUCACGGACAUGGCGGGCAUGGCGGGCACAGCUCGGACUACUAUAGUCAACCAUCUAGCCAUGGCCACAGCUACGAGUCGCAGCCGCACGGCUCCAGCCAGCCAUCUUAUGGCGGCGGACACUCUAACCAAGGGUAUGGGCAAGAGUAUGGACAGGGAUAUGGACAAGGAUAUGGACAGUCCAGCUCAUCCGGACAUGGCUCUGGAGGCUACGGAUCCGGGGGGUACGGAUCUGGUGGUGGAUAUUCCGGGCAGGGGUCGGGUGGAUAUAACUCUGGGGGCUAUGGAUCGGGAGGAUACGGAUCAGGAGGAUAUGGCUCUGGGGGAUAUGGCUCUGGGGGAUAUGGCUCUGGGGGAUACCAAUACUAAAAUGUGUAGGCAUCUGUUUAAUUCCGGAAGUUUAAUCAUCAGAUUGAU